AUGGCCAAGGGAAACAUGGAUUUGGAUAGAGCCCUCGAUGAGACGAUCAAGCUAAAUUCAAGCAAAGGCCGUGGCGGAAAGAAAAUGCCGACUUCGGCCAGCAGUAAGAGAGUUGUCGAUAAAGCGAGCAGCAGUGGGAGAGGACGCCAGCAGACACACUCGAGUGGCAGCAACCAUCCCCGCAGUCAACAUAAUACUGUCCACAACCGAGCUUCCACCAGAGGCCAUGUCAAUCAGCGCAUUGGUAGUAAGCCUGUCCAUCAAAGAGUCGGCAGCGGAAGCGACACGUUGAUCAACUCGAGGUUGGGACGAGGUAUCAAUAAACCUCACCGCGGCCCUGGGGUAGUAAGCAGUCGAGCUGUGUCUGCAGGAGUACGAAAUGGGUCCCUCAUUAUCAACAGAUCGAAUAAAAGCCCAUCAGAGAAACUGGAUCCUUCAAAGAUCAUCAUUACAAAGCCAGUGAUGAAUCGCACUGCCAGCGUGAAAAAGACAGACAAAGGAUCCGAAUCGCUUGUCAUCCAAAGCAAGAUCACUAAACCUCUUGUAUCAGCACCUGACACCAAAUCAAAGUCUAAACAACACAACACACAUCCCAGUAAGAAUCAUCGCACACGAUCUUCACCAGCACCAUCACAACCACAGCAACGAGCUACUGCUACUCCAAUACCUGAACCUGAAAAGAAGAUUGUGCUGGUCUGUAAUUUGGACCCUCGAGCAACAGCAGAAGAUGUUGGCGAGGCAUGCUCCGUGUUUGGACCCAUUCUCAGCUGUGAUAUGCUACUGGAUCCAAUGGGCAGACCAUUGAAUGAGGCCGAGAUCGAGUUUAUGUUUGCGGAUUCUGCAAAGGAAUGCGUAACAAAGCUGGACAAUACACUCGCUGAUGGUCGCUUAUUGCGUGCCAAGCUACAAGAUGCGCCCACGCAGUCUGUAAAGCCUCGCUACUCAUCUCGAUCUGUUGUUGCAUCUGCCAGACUUCAACCUGGGGCUUUCGACAAUCAAAGCCCUAUGCUACAGCAACAACAGCCAAUACAGCAUCAUCCAUAUCAACAACAAAACUACCCGCCUGUAUAUUCUUCACAACCUUAUUAUCCACAGCAACCACCACCACAGCCUCAUUAUAGUCAAAACCAAUACUAUCGUCGAUACUAA